AUGCCCUCCCCAUUGUUGCACACUUCGAAUCCCCUGUGGUUUCCUGCUGGAGCAGAGGCUGGAUUUGAGGGUGUACCAAUUUCAAAUGCCAUUCACUACGGUCAUCUUGCUGCCUGUUCGGAGUACUUUCUUACCGUCGCUACCGGUUUUAACAGUGGUGGAUCUGUUGCUCUCCUUGACCUCGCUAAACCCGGUCGGUAUGAAGGUGAAACAUAUCAUCGAACACAGUGUCAUUCAAAUUCAGUGACUGAUUUGGAUUGGCGCAACGAUAUUCUCGCCACCUCUUCUCUUGACAAAACGGUUAAACUAUGGCGAGUUCAAAGUCAUGGUAAUGGCGUUGACAAUACCUCUGCGCUGGUGCACGUCAGAACUUUGGAUCAUAAAGAUCGCGUCGUAACUGUCGCUUGGUGUCCACUGGAUGCUAGCCUCCUGGCAACUGCUCUCUAUGGCAAAAAAGUUUUUCUAUGGAACAUUGAGAACGGUAAAAUGCAUAGCGUCCAUCUGGGCAGCGCUGGAGGUCACAGUCUCUGUUGGUCGUCCAGUGGUCGUCUAGCCGUUGCAUCUCGUGACAAACGACUUUGCAUAUUCGACGUGGAACGUGGCGAGAAGAGGCCGGUUGUUUCAAUGAUCUGCCAUCGAGGUUCGAAACCGUGGAAAGCUGCCUUCCUUGAUGAUGCUACCUUGGUGACUGUUGGAUUCGGCCUGGAGGGUAGCAAAGAAUUUGCGAUUUGGGACUUGAAAAAUCCAUCGAGCGCUCUGGAUCGUGCUCGUUGCAACCAAUCAUCAGGAAGCGUCAUUAUGAAUUAUUACCAAGGCAACCGGUUUUUGUUUCUCUCCGGUAGAGGUGACAAUGGCAUUCAAGUGUAUAAGUAUGAAAGCCGGAGUAUGAGCAUGGUUGGUCAGUUUCAAAGUCCCCACCCCUAUCGUGACAUUUGCUGGAUGCAGCAGGAGUAUCUGGACGCGAAAUCCCGAGAAAUUGGUCGCUGUUUCCGUCUCUUUCAGCCAGACACCGCAGUAGUGCUAUCCACUGGUAGUCGUCGGCGAAAUAGCCUUUUCUCAACCAACCUUUAUCAACAGGACUUCGGUGGUCCCUUUGGUUUGGGCAAAAGCCACACGCGUAGGAAAUUAUCAGCUCCACUGAUUGAACCACUCAGUAUUCGACUACAGGAGGGCGAUAAUGAUGACGAAGAGGAGGAGGAAGAGGAGGUUGCGACUGUGAAAGAGAGGGCUUCAAACAACAUUCAGGCAUCGAAAUUUGCUGGGCAAAAUGUUGUCGGAGCUUUGAAAAGGCCAAGACUUGCAUCCCUCUCUAAAAAACGCGACUAUGACUGUGGGGAAUACGUAAAUAGUGCAGUGGUUGCCAUGCAUCUUACUAAUAUGCAUGACAAAACAUUUAAGAACUACCCCAGUCAGAGUACUACUUACGGUGUUUUAAGUAGAAGGGAGGAGGGACCUCUAAAACCACCACCAAUUCCACCUAAACCAAAGACAAAACGGAUGUGGAAUAAUUGGAAGGUGAUUCCAGAGGCUGUUCAGGGUCGUUUAAAUCGAAUGGUGGAAAAGAAACCUGCUGUUUUGAAAGUGCAAGAAAAUAAUGCUGAUGACUGUGCCGAUAAAGGAAGACAUUCGGAUGAUGAGAUAGUAUUUAUCACACCUGCUUUUAACUGUAAGAGGGCGAGCAUGGCUGUGAAUAGCAACGCUGCUGAGAAACCAACUCAAGAAACUGACGAGGAAGACGGUUGCGCCACUUGUUCUGUCUCCGAUUUGGUCGCCGUUUUUGAAGCCAAAGCCGCUCAGAUAGCUGCUGUGGAAUCAGCGAGUCUGUGCUCGGAGUCGUUAUCAAAUGCACCGGUUGAGGAAGCCCCAGCAAUGUCUGUGGAGGCGCCUGUUGUUACGCAGGCAACUGAGGCGGCUGUAUUGAAAAGUGAACCGAGUUACCCAGCGUUUUCGCUCAAGCAUCCAUUGAAUGGAGCCUCUCAACUGAUCUAUCAGCCCAAGCCGGUGAACCGAAUGUACACCAGUCCGAGCCAUCAGCGUUGGUCGAUCUCGCAUCCCAUAGGAAUUCAAAUGUCACCGGCGCUGCGCUACAUGCAACGAUCACAACGAACCUCGGUGCAUCUCUCACGAUCCACCUUACAAACGAAUAAUGAUGCGGCCUCUGGCGUUGUUUUGAGACGUCCGUCACUUCGUAUCCCCAUAUCCGAUAGCCGAGAACGCAUACAAGGUGAAACGACAGAAUCCACACUGAAAAGUCCACUGGUUCGACAGCAGAUGGAAGCAUCACCAACCAGAAAAGAAUGGCGUAGAGGUGUGUGUCUGGGUAGCGCUGGUGAUAAUGUCGUUGCUAACAGGCAGAAAUUACGAGAACAAUUGUUUGAUUUUCUGGAAAAGGAUACCACAGAUGCGUCACUGUCUCCAACGCUGGAGGAACUAAUCAACCAGGACUCCAAAGAGGGAUGCACAGUCAAGGAUGAAUCAACAGAAAUCGGUUCAAUGGGAGAAUUAACACUGACAUCUCAGAAUAACGAGCCACUUACAAGCGAGUGUGAUUCCAUUCCGGAGAAGUUAAUUACAGAGAAGUGGGAUAUGGACGAGAGCCUACGCCAUUUGAAACCAUCAAAGAAGGAGUGCGAAAUCGUAGAGGCGCUAGCCUAUCCAGAAAGAACAUCGAUACGACUGAUUCCUGUGGUAGGACCAGUGAAUCCAUCAAAGCUGUCACUUUUGGAUGAGUUUCGUCUCCUCAAAACGCAGUGGUCGUCAAUGGAUACGCUGAAAUCUGACGUCCAUGUCGAAACUUACAAGACCAACGUGGGUGCAAUUCCCUCAAACACCACUUCAAAUAUGCCAGAGGUACCUUUUCAAAGCGGUCUUUGUGUAACCUCAUUCAAAAUGUUUGAGAAUCUGUUUUCCUUCCUCCAGGAUACGAAAUACAAGUCCACCAUAACUCUUGGUCGUUCAAGCACCUUCAGCUCUCCCUACUCAUCAUCUAUCGAACCGAGACAAUACUGUCACGACCAAGGCGUCAUAUGCUCUCCACGCAAUCAGGCGCCAAUUCAGACAUCGCGCAGGUUUUAUGAAGGCUACGCAAAGUAUUUACGAGACCUGGAAUCGACGGUUCGAAGAUGCUGCGGCGAUCGUGCUCCCGAUACAACGCAGCCUAAUACGCCCAAUGCUCAAGGGGAGAGGGGAUAUUCCGAGUCAGAGACGGAGAAGUCGGCAGCCUACGUUCAAUAUGCCGCACUACCUAUGCCAAGGAAGAUGAAAGAGGGUGUUCCACCCCAAGGCAGGUCGUCAGAUGAGCUGCACUCUGAUUGUGACGAAACCUACGUGGAAACUAUGACAGACGCUGACAGCGAUGCACUCAGUAGCACCUAUAGUGUGUCGACGCCAAAGAGUAUGGUCUACGAGGAGUGCAAUAAAGAAUUUCACCUUAAAAAUUGUGUAUAUUCGCAAAUGGAUGGUCUGUUAUUCAAAUGGACGAAUUACAUAAACGGAUGGCAGCAAAGGUAUUUCACUCUUCGUGAUGGAAUCCUUUCCUACUAUACGUCAGAGUCAGACAUCGAUACUGGCUGCAAAGGUGCCCUCAAAGUGUCAGCUUGUGAAGUUGUUGUCCAUCCGACCGAUGCUUGUCGCUUUGAAAUUCUCAUUCCCGGAGAGCAGCGUUUCUUUCUCAAGGCGGCGAACUCGACCGAAAGGCAGCGGUGGAUUGUCGCUUUGGGCAGUUGCAAGGCGGGUAUAAUGAAUGUGGAUGAGGUGGAGAAGAUGCAACAAGCAGAACGUUCAAUAGAGGCUAAGCGCUCAGAACUUCGCAUAAAUCGUGACCUUCUGGCGCAGCAAAUCAGCGGUGUUUGCAGUGCUCUGAAGUCAUGUGCCGGUGGAAAUCAGGAAAUGGUUGGAGCUGUGACCUCACUGAAGGCCACCUGCGAUACGCUGCUAUCCAAUGCCGAUGAGUUGAUUAACCUUCUGGUAAGUUCGAGUCGGCUCAAGGCUGCUCAAACCAAUAAUAGCAUCGAUGGAAGUCCAAUGGGCAAUAGACGACCAUCUGCAUUGCCACAGAGUCUUCAAAUUGAUGUAUUAAGUGAUUCUGGGCCCACUGCAUCGUCAAACGACAUUAGUCCAAGGUCGACAAAAAUAAUUGAAAAAAUUGCUACAACAGUUGCAUCGAGGAGUACCACCAAUACCGGUCUCCUGAACAAUCAUUUGCGUGCCCUAAGAUUGUCGCGCCCCUAUCCCACCUUCUUUUCAAAACUGGAGUUCAGUUUUGAGGAUCUGGCCCUAUCCUAUUCAGUUGUCGCCACCACUUCAAUCUCCGCCGUGGAGUUUCUUGCCUGCUGUCGCAGUGUCCUUUCCUUCUUUCCUGCUCUUGCAGCCACCAAUUCCACUUCCCCCUCACAGUCGGACACUUCAGCGAUUCUCAGUCAAUUGGGAAGCCUGCAGACGGUGUACGCCGAGGUGUUGGCAGACAUUGUGCGUCUGGAACUGGCAGUUAAGACACUGGCCAGUGGGGGAGAGGGUGCAGAAGCAGGACAAAUAACGAAAGAGUUGGCGAAACAGCGAUCGUUGGCGCUGUCGUUGGCGGAUAUUGUGGAUGUGGAGGUGCGGACAAACCAAUGUCGAGCUUCAGGAUCGGCGUAUCUGGCGUUGUUGUGGCUUGCGAGAUCACUAAAUUUUGCAAUCACUUUCCUCGAUCUUCUUUUCAAAGACACCACAUCCGUGUUUCAAUCCAAUCCCUCAUCCAAUGCUCAAAUUGUGGACAUCGCAACGAAGGCCUACACAAAAUCCUUGCAAGAAUUCCAUGAUUGGUCUGUGCGUGGAACUGCUACGGUUAUUUUAAAAGCCAUGCCCAGCGCAGGACGCCUUCAAGCUGUGCUAUUGGACCUUCCACGGAAUGUGAAACCAUGGCUCGGAAUGGAGGCCAUGGGGCAACUUCAGUUGGAUGUUGAACGAUUUGUGGAAGCCCUGCGCCGAUGUUUGAUUUGCAUCCAUGGUCUCCUCAUCGAACGGCAGCUAGAUCCUGUGUUUCCUCCUGAUUCUAAACACUGA